UAGAACGAUAACAUUUAAAGAAUUAGCUAACUGAAUCGAGGAUCCUAAUCUUGUGACCUUAAACAACACUAUUUCCGACCGUGAAUAAUUACCUGCUCUGUAACAGAGUAUAUCAAGAAAACCGGACCACUAGUCAAAGAACAAGGCAGGAACCAAAUCCAAAGCAACAUGUCUCAACGAGAAUCUUAAUUGUCACGACAUAGAUUAUAGUGGAUUUAGUUUACUUGACGAACAUGUGUGGGUUGGUUCUGCCUCUCACACCACACAACACCCUCCCCUGUUUCUCUGGCCUCUGUUCCAGAUCUCUUCCUCACUUUUCGUUUCUCUCUUUGCAAAACCAAACCAAAUCUUCGAUACCCAUUUGCAGAUUCAGUUCUAAAAGUGAAUCCAAUCUUCGUUUUCUAGCUCCGAAGUCCUCCACGCCUGGUUUCUGGAAUUACAAGAAGAAAAGAAGAAGUGGUAUUACCUAUUUGAGAGCGAGUCUCAGAGAGUCUCCUUAUGAGGUUUUGGGGGUGUCUCCCUCUGCAACUCAGGGUGAAAUCAAAAGGGCUUAUCGAAAACUUGCUCUCAAGUAUCAUCCUGAUGUCAAUAAGGGGGUGAAUGCAAAGGAGAAAUUUAUGAGGAUUAAACAUGCAUACAAUACGUUGAUGAGUUCUGAAUCUAGGAGGAAAUAUAACACUGGAAAUCGCAGAUCCGAUUAUUCCUACUCAGAUGCUCAAAGAAGCGAAAGUACAAAAACACAAGAUGAAGAAUUUUAUGGUUUUGGUAAUUUUUUCAGGGAUGUUCAAAUAACAAUAGAGGACUUCUUUAAAGAUCUUCAAGAAGAAUUCCGGAAUUGGGAAGUGAAUGCUGCUUCACAAGGAAAGCCAAAAAGCCUAUGGGAAGAAUUGGCGGAAAUUGGAGAAGAAUUUGUGGAAUUUCUUGAGAAGGAACUCAACAUAACUGAUGAAGAAGCAUAUAAUAGCAGUGAAGGACCUAAGAAAGACAGUUCUUUUAGAACAUCUGGGACAGAGAGAAGUGGAAGUGUUGGUAAAGAGAAAGCAGGAGAGGAGAGCAGCAUUGAGGACAAUAUUAACGAUAUAGAAGCUAGUCUUGCUCAGUUGAAGAAGGAAUUGGGUUUAUAGCAGGAAAUGCAGCUUUGCAUUGACCCAUGGUCAGCAGAUGUUAAAGGUGAAGACCAAGUUUGUUUGCCACCUUAAACAUGUAGAGGAAAUGUUGUGCAGUGUCAUUUUUAAAUAUCUUAAAAUGGCUUUUAAGGCCUAAAUCAUAUUCCUCUCAAAUAUUGUUGUAAAUGAAUCACACUGUUUAUAAACAAUUUAGGCCCAACUCAAAAGCAUUUUUAUAUUCAUUUAUUAAGCAAAUAAUCCAUGCUCAAGCUUAGGUUUAAGCUCAA